GGGCUUCCAUGGAACUGGCCCGUUGUUGGAAUGUUGCCGAUGCUGCUUUCAAAUACCAACAGGAUUCAUGAGAAGUAUACUGAAAUUCUGGAGCAGAGUAAAGGCACUUUCAUGAUUAAAGGUGCCUGGUUUUCUAAAAUGAAAAUGCUAACCACGAGCGAUCCUGCGAAUGUGCAGUACAUAAUGAGCAUGAACUUCUCAAAUUAUUCGAAAGGUUCGGAGUUUAAGAAGGUAUUUGAUGUUCUUGGAGAUGGGCUCUUCAAUUGCGAUUUUGAGGACUGGAGGAGCCAAAGAAAGCACGCUAGCGCCUUUUUCAAUCACCAACAGUUUCACUUCUUCACAAGGAGGAUUGUGCAGGACGGUGUGGACAAAGGACUUGUUCCAGUUUUGGAGCAUGUAUCCCGGCAAGGCAUUGUGGUGGACUUGCAGGACUUGUUCCAAAGGCUUAUGUUUGAUGCUACCUGCAUACUGGCCACCGGCCAGUAUCCUGGAUCCCUCUGCACUGAUUUCCCAGAAGCUCCAUUUUCAAAGGCCAUGGACGAGGCCUGCGAGACAAUAUUUUCUCGCCAUUUUAUGCCAGAAAGUUUUUGGAAGCUGCAAAAGUGGCUAGGUAUUGGGAAAGAAAAGAAACUGAGUGAAGCUUGGGAAAUCCUGGAUCACAUUAUAGGAGAUUAUAUUUCAAGAAGGCGAGACGAACUCAAUAACACAAGAACAAAAUCGAGCAAAAAUGAAGUGAGUUUCGAUGCCUUAAAAUGUUAUUUGACAGAACCUGAUGUUCUUGGACCAACACCCUCAGAUGCACUUCUAAGGGACAACCUUUUAGGCCUCAUGUUGGCCGGGCGAGACACCACCAGUGCAGCCCUUGCUUGGUUUUUCUGGCUUAUUUCUAGACAUCCAUUAGUCCAAACCAAGAUCAGAGAGGAGCUUAAAGCGAAUUUACCGGCAAAAGAAGCUGAAACAUGGAGAUUAUUCAAAAUAGAAGAGUUGAGCAAGCUUGUUUAUCUGCAUGGUGCCUUGUGCGAAACUCUGAGGCUCUUUCCACCAGUUCCCCUGCAGCGCAGGACCCCUGUCCGGGCUGACACUCUUCCGAGCGGCCACCACAUCUCCCCAGAUACGAUGGUGGUGAUUUCUACAUAUGCAAUGGGGAGGAUGCCAUCAGUGUGGGGGAAAGAUUGCCAGGAAUUUAAGCCUGAGAGAUGGAUAUCAGAGAUGGGGGGGAACAAGCACGAGCCACCUCACAAGUUCUUUGCGUUCAAUGCAGGGCCAAGGACUUGUUUAGGGAAGAUGCUGGCUUUCACUGAGAUGAAGGCUGUUGCAGCUGCCAUCAUCCAUAACUACAAUUUACAGGUAGUGGAAGGCCAUCCUGUAAAGCCUGCUGCUUCUAUUGUUCUUCACAUGAAGCAUGGUCUAAAGGCCAGGAUCACCAAAAGAUGGGCAUGA